AUGGAGAUGGAGCGCGAGAGGAGCAAGGGGGAGAGGCGCGAGGUGGAGCUCGCUCUCGCCGCGUCCGGCAUGGGCCGGCGCGGCGGGGGCAGUGGGGGGGCAUCCGGGGGUCAAGACGGGGGUCACGCAGCAGCUGGCGGCCAAAAUCGUGACGGAGAGAAGAAAAAUAGUGACAUGUUCAACGACGAACCCGGCGGAUUUUGCCGCUACCACCAGUCCGAGCUUCACACCAACGAGCAGUGUCGUCUCCAGCAGCAACUGCGGAGCGCGCGUUCGAGAGAGGGCGUCGCGGAACGCCGCUCGGGCGGCGGCAGCCGCGGUGGCGGCGGUAGCCAGCGAGGGGGUAGACCGCCGCCGGGGCCCGGCCGCGGUGGCGGGCGAUGGGCGUACGUUGUGUACUACGCCCACGAUGAUGGUGGGUACUACGAAGACUACGGCGACUACGACGAUGGAUACUUCUACGACGAUGGCUACUACGACGCCGGGUACGCACACUACGCCGGCGGUGGGGACAGCUACAGCUACUACUCCGGGUGA